AUGUCUAAAAACAAUAAUGAUAAACAAAAACAAAGUAAAAUUACCUCAUUUAUUUCUAUAACACAAACCUCUAAAAAGUCAAAUCUGUUACAUAACAAAGAUGAUUUGUUUAGUGCCAAUUUUGAACUUGAUAAUUAUGAAAGUAAUACUACUGUUAGUGAAUGUUCUUAUAAUGAACAAGAUACAAAUAAUAUUGAAUUAAAAAAUCCUAAAUAUAAUUGCUUUGCCAAAGAAAAUUUAAAAUGGAAUCCAAAUUGGAAAAAAACUUACCCAUGGGUCGAUUUAGUAAUACAAGAAAAUAGCAAAUAUAUGGUUUGUACAUGGUACAUUGACACCAAAUAUAAUAAUAUUUUUGUAACAGGUACUCAAUAUUUUAAAAAGCAAUAUCUUCAAAGACAUAUGGAGCGAUCUGAUCAUAAAAAGUUGUAUCUGCACUAG